CUUACACCGAUUCACAAAUUUGACGCAGGAUACGAAGAUUUCAAAAGCAUCAUUGAAUUGAAUCAGUCAGAGAUGAAAAUUAACUUCUUAUUGCCCCUUUUAGGGGUAAUACUGGGGUCCUGUUCGGGUGUGUCUGCUACAUCCAUUUAUUAUGUACCCUGCCCUGAAGUCUUCAGUGAAUAUGAGAGGUAUGUGGUAACAGUACAGCCGAAUACUGCUAUAUCAGAGAUAAUGCAAGGAUUAUCUAAUCAAAGUGUCAGAGAUGCUCUUUCACAAAGGGAACCCAUGAUGAAGACAUGUUCACAGGAUAGUGAAUGUGCUGUGCCUGGAAUGACCCGGACGUGUAAACCAAUAAUCCUUCAUGGGAAGACAUUCGGAGUGAAAUUGUGCUGUGCUCACGCGCGAUCAGUUCCUGCGUUGUUUAUGUUGACCAAUCAAGCUCUCAUGAUGGCUUUCAGCAGUCCUUCUUCAUCAGUUACGCCAGGAAUGCUUCGUCAUGAGAUAGGAAGGAUGCUAAACGACUAUGAGAAGGUUAAGGAAAAACUGAAUCUCAUGGUCUUCACUACGACGGCGAUCCGAUAUAAAGAGCUCACGAAGAGUGUAAAUUUUCGCUGUCCAAAGAUCAAGUGCAGCCAAAACUGUGCUUUCGGUUACAAGAUGGCCAAGCCUAAUAGUACGCAAGCUUUGUGUCCCGGUUGUGACUGCGAGCAGGAUCCAUGCAAGACAAAUCCUUCAAUUUGCAAGUCGGAAGAAAAUUGCCAUUUGAUCCGGUUUCCUCCGCCCGCUAUCCUUAGUUAUUCUCUUGAUCCGAAAAUGUUCUGGGUGUUUGCUGAAUGUAGGAAAAUUGUGAAGCCAGGCUCCUGCCCAUUUGGUGGCAUGUCUUUCUUUGAUUGUGGCAACUGCGCGUGGAAAUGUAAAUCGGACGACGAGUGCAGAGGUCGUGGGAAGUGUUGUGCUACCAUGUGCGGAACGAAGUGUGUCCAACCAAGAGGUCUGGAGCCAAACGUUCCACAGAAAACACCAGCUCGGGCUCAGACUGGAACAUCGGCCGACCCACCAGUAUCACCACCCGGACCUAACAAACCGAAUAUGACGAAGCCAAUGCAUCCUCCCAAGCCAUGCAGCAAAAAAUGGAAGCCAGCUGGAGACUGUCAUAAAAAGCUUGACGAGGCCAUAAAAAUGCUCCUGAAGGACCAUAACUCUAUGCCAUUCUUGCCGAGGUGUAACUGGGACGGUUCUUGGCAAAAGGUCCAGCUUAAUGAUGCGACUGGCAUCAGUUGGUGUGUGAAUCAGACAGAUGGCAAACCAAUCGAAAGGACCAAAAUAAGAGGAGUCGCUCAAUGCGAAGUCCAGCAAAGUCUAGUUGAUGAGUGCCAGGGGAAGAAAUGUCCCAUUUCUUCGUGUUUUAUGCGCCCGCCAUGUCAAGCGUUCCCCACGGCAGUCUGCAGGGCGAAUCCGUGCAAUAACUGCAGUGCUCUUGAGUUCUACAUGCCAGGAAAGUCGAAACCAGUUGACUGCUACAAAGAUAUCAAAGCGUCAACCUGUUUGAAGCAACGAGAUGACGCGAACCGUGACUACCUGACAAAGAUGCUCACCACCACCCUCCAAUUUUACGGAGAAGAUAAACGAAUGACCGAAAUUUAUUCUCCCUUCAUGAGCCUAACUAUAAAGAUAUUUUACGGUGGACUUUACGAUCAAUUUUUAAGCGAUGACAUCAGACUGGAAAUGGUAAUGGACAUUUAUAAAGGCAUAAUGGACGUGUUGCCUGUCCAAUCGCCUCCAGGUGGUACAAGCGGUCGCAAGAAACGGUCAACGAAUGCAGUUCCCACAGACCUCCUCUCUGAUGAGACAAUCAGCAUGGUGAAGGAUAUGCUAAGUGUAAUCGUGGAUAUGAGUACGAACAUGUUGGACUGCUUGCAUUCAGGUGUCGAGGAUAUGGUCAAGUACAGUAUGGACUACGUUAUGCACUUGGGCAAUUCUUAUAAUAUAUUGGAAAAGAUCUCAAAUGCCACAUUGGAUCUUCGUGCAUUCAGCGGGCUAAUAGAAUUUGGCGAUAAUGUGAACCGAGGAAUGGCCUUAAGGUUAAUGUCUUUAAACGGAUUCGAUAUGUCUUACACCGACAGUGCCUUGAUGAUGGUAACGAAACUGCGCCCACUUUACGAGACGAUCUUGUAUUCAACUCCAUUCAACUUUACUAUCGGAAUGGUGAGCGAUCAAUUCGUUGAAAAGUUCAUGACCUUUGGAGUGGGGUUGUUACUGACGACCUCGGGGGCGUCACAAGGUAUUGACUACACUGUAACCAUGACAUCAAUGCUUGGAAGAGUCAUGCGCACCCCUGGCCUCGAACCGACUGGAGCGGAUGCAUUUAAAGCUACAGGAUUCUGCGCCCGGCAACCGCCACCAGGUGAUAGCAUCUGCCGAAUGAUUGCCCUCUGCGAUCCGAAUGCCAACAUACCCGAAGAACCGAACAAGGAGAGUUGGAAAGACAUGUUUUAUUUCGAUGUUAAGAACAGUACUUUCAAAAAAUACACAUACAGUACUUUUUGUGCAGCAUUGAAACAGGGAACUCUGUUCAUGUCGAAAUGGGGUGGGGAAGCAAUGUGUGGGGCAGUACCUUACUUCAAUGGCAUGCACGUACCUGUGUGCAUGGCGGAUGGCACGUUCAGAUCCAAGCAGUGUCAGAGCGGUAUCUGCUGGUGUGUAAACGACAAUGGUCUUCCGAUUAGUCAGACCCACACCACAGGCCCUCUGACAUGCGGUACAGCAGGAGCAACACGGAUACCCAAACCAGCAAAAUGUGGUGAUGGUUUCCCUUUCAAGAACUGCAAAGAUGCCUGUAAAAAUCAGGUUGAUGGGACCAAGUUCUGUAGGGCUGACCCUUGCAACAACUGCACGCUAAAUUUCCGUGAAAUCGCAAAGUACCCAAAAGAAGAGAAGAAACAGAUCAAGUUUAACCCGUUUGUUGAGCCAGCUGUCCAAGUUCUUAGGAACAUUACACUGAUGUAUUCUCUCAUGCCCAGCAGCUUAAAAUCACAGUCUGUUGUCGUAACGCGAUACAUGAACUUGAUUGGAGGAUUGCCGCCUCAGUCGAAACAAAUACUCCUCCGAGAGUUGACCCUUCGCAUGGUGAAUCAGACCCUGGCUUGUCCAAAUAAGUGCCCGAGUGACAAAUGCCCGGUGGCUGGAGUCAAAUUGGUUGACGGGUGUCCCGAUGCGUCGCCGUGCGUCUGCGCUGAUGAUCCUUGCAAGAGUAGCCUUUGCUAUUUUCGGGGUUCGGAAUGCAGGGUUAAUAGACCAAAGGAACCACUCGGAGUUCUCUUCCCUGCUUGGGCCGAGUGCAGGUUAGCCGACAAACCUGGUAACUGCCCAUGCAAAAUGGACCAUGAUGUUAGCUGUAAGCGAGAAUGCAACAACGAUCUGGAUUGUGAGGGGACCAUGAAGUGCUGCCGUUCUAGUUGUGGUGCCAAGUGUGUCUCUGUGAAUAGAACAGAAGCACGAAAAGCGAUGGGUAUGCAGAUGAUGGAGAUGAAAGGAAUAACUUGGGUACGAGAUAUCGAUGAUAAGAAUGCUUGGAUGGGUUUCAAGAAAGACGGUUUGAAAAAAUGUGACACUGACAAAGAUUGUGACAAAGCUGCAAUGGAGAAGUGUGUAAAACAUUCCAUGCUGUCCACCUGUGAUGUAUCCAUCAGCGUUUGUACCGUUGUACACAAGAUGAGAGAAGGACCAAAGUUCAUGCCGAUGCAACCCGAAUGCAAGAACAACACCACUGGGAAAAACGCAUCAAUACUUGGUGCGAAACCUGAUGGAACGACGGCUUCCAAACCAGAGAAUGAUUUGCCCAUGGAUACCCAGUGUCACAAAGAAUGUGAGAACGAUAAUGACUGUGCGGACAUGAUGCGAUGUCAACAUCGGGGUUGCAGUAGCAACUGUAUGUGCGUCAAGCAGAAGGUUACGGGAUGUCACCUUGAAUUGAAACAACAAAUACAGGUUCUCCGCCACAACCCAGAUCAACCGACCUUCCUCCCGAGGUGUAAUAAGGAUGGCACAUACCAGGUAGUACAACUGCACGAUUCCCUUGGACUGAGCUGGUGCGUCCAACCUGAUGGCCAAAAGAUAAGUGGAGUACAAAGGGGAGAAAUCAGCUGCAGUUCCAAAAUCCUGCCUCAGAAUGACGAACCAGUUUGUGCUGUUGGUGAGAAAGUGCAUAACUGUCCCCCUAAAAUGUGCACGAUAUUCAAGAAGCUGUGCCCCGGUGACCCGGCUGCAGUCUGUCGUGUCCACCCUUGUAAUGGAUGUUUCGUAAAAUUCUUCAACGGAACUACCAGUGCAACCUGUAAUGGAACCAAGCCCUGUUUGACAGAGAAAGUAGCUGAGUUGAAACAGAAGGCUUUCAAGGCAAUGCAAAUGAUGAUGAACAUGGAGAAAGAAGAGUUGGAUAUGAUAAGCAACGGCCUAUACCUGAUGCACUCUGGGCGAGGCAAUGAAGUUAAAAUGAUGAUAGGAGAUUUCAUGACAGAGAAUUUCAUGUCCAUAUUAAAUGAAAUGGAAAUGGCGAAGAAGACCAUGCCAGAUCCACCUGGAACUGGAUUCACAAAGAAACCAAACACGACCACGACCAGGGAACCUGUGAAAGCAUCAGAGGUUAUGUUCAAAUGUCGCUUGGAAAGGAUGAUGUUCAAGGUCAAACAGUUCCACAAGAAAAUGACUUGCAAGGGUUUCGGUGUCUCUGAUGACUUUGUUGGAGAGAUCAUACGCAUGGGAAUAGGGAAGUUCCUGUCCAGUAUCUUAGGGAAAACAAUGCGUAUGCCCAUGGGUAUGGGUGAGGGACUUGGCAUUGGUAAACCCAAAGGUGGAGAGGGCAUGGGAGGGGGUUUAUUUGGUCUGAUUGAGGACAACUUCAUGGACAUGCCUGAGCCUGAUAUAGAUGCUAUGCCUGAAAAGAUGAAGGAAAUAUUAGUAAAGAUGCUUGGCGGUGAUGGUGGUGAAGGAAUGCCAUGUGCUAAAGGUAAUGCCUCGACACCAAGGCCAAAUGUAAACUGCUCAAAUCACACCUCAUCAGGAAAGCCCUCAGGAACUUCUUCAGGAGGUGGGGGAGGAACUGGAGUAUGUGCAGGUCAAACAUCAACACUGAUGCCUCCUAAUUGUGGCAAUGCAUCUGAGCAGAUGAUGCACAAGUAUGACAGAAAAGACUUAGAUCUGUAUUUCUUCGAAAUGGAACAUCGUGACGAUGAUGUAUUCUGCCUCCAUAGUGAUAUGAAGAUGGAAAAUUACAAUGAAGAAAAGAUGUGGAAAAUAAUGCAGAACUUGACUUAUUUCUGCAACAUGCCACCCCCGGAUCUGAAACAAUGCACAAGAGAACAAGCCAGGAAUAAGAAUAAGACUGUGCCUGAACAAGACUGCAAACCAAAGGACCUAAUCACACUUGUGAAGUCUGUAUUCCUUGGACAAAAUUCAUAUAAAAUGAGGACGAGGUAUUAUUACAAUUCAACGUCAAAGACUUGUAAGAAAUACGAGGACACAGGAUGUGGGAGAAAUGCAACUGAUUUCACAACUAUGCUUGGGUGUGAGAUGAUCUGCAAAAAUGCGUCUCUGUUUGAGGGAAAAUUUGCCACCAAGUGUAAUGGGACUACCGGCGGCUUCAUGUCCAGGCAGUGUAAGAAUGGCAUGUGCUGGUGCCUCAAGGAUGGCAAGCCAGUUGACAGUACGCUCAGUUGGGGACCGAUUGAAUGUGACAUGUCUGGAAAGAGGUUGAAGCCACUGAAUGACCAAAAUCUUAUCAAAUGCAGUAGUGGGAACCAACCCGAAGUCGCUAAAUGCCUUCCAGCAUGUCGGGACAAGCCAAUGUGCUGGACUGCUGAAGGAAAAGAAGCUAUCUGUGUGGCUAAUCCCUGCAAUGGCUGUAUGGCAACCUUUCAGACGUAUGACGGAAAAAGUGCUACUUGUAUCGAUAAAGUAGAAAUGUGCCAAUUCAAAGCAGCAGAUUAUGCCACUCCAGACUCUAAGGGUUGCUUCAAACUGCAGUGGCGUUAUGAUGCCACCAGCUCCAAGUGUAAACCAUUCACAAAUAAUCGCUGCGAUGCAAAGUAUGUCAAGUUCCGAAGUGCUAAGAUGUGUCAACACAUGUGUAUCAACCCUCAGUCCUCCCCAAUCAAGUGCAAAAGUUCAACAGACCAACCAAAGGUUUGCUAUCCAAGCCCAUGUCCAAAGAGUUGUCCAAAGGGAGUGAGGUGUAUUGUUGACCAUUGUACUUGUACCUUCAAGUUAUAUGACAUGAAUGGUGGAAAGGAAAUACAAAAAUGUGAAGAUGCUCGAGUUGGUAAACUUGGCCCUGAUGGGAUUGCACAGAAUGAACAGUUCAUGGCCUUCAACAAGACAUGCAUGGUCAGCGGAACAGACCAUGAUACAUUCAAGAAAUGCCUCAGUGACCGAUAUGUUCUCUUACAAAAGUUGCCAAGCAAAGAGCUCAUGAUGGCUGCCCAUGACACCCUCAAAAUUGAGCAUCUGUCCUCCCUCACAAAGUGUCAGGCUGUAUGUGCUGAUUGUGCUAACACAACGUGUCCCUUUGGGUUUGCUUACAAACGAGUGAAUGAUGUUAUGUGCCAGGAUGGGUGCACCUGUGUCAAGACUAACCCUUGCCCUGCACUGAACUGCAAGUCUGGUGAAAAAUGUGUUAUGAGUGGACAAAACAUGCCAUUUGGUCCAGUUGCUGAGUGUGUGAAAGAAAACAAACCCUGGAAAUGUCCAUGUGUCAGACCUCCAUACGCCGGCGUCUCAUGUGAGAUGAAAUGCAAAGACGACGGUGACUGCCCGUCCAAAGACAAAUGCUGUAGCACAGCAUGUGGAAGAAGCUGCAUGAAAACUGAGGAGAGCAUUGUUGCUGGCUACCUGAAAUCCACCAUCCCAAUGAUGCGAAGCAAUCCAUGUGUCAACAUGAUGAAUACGCCAAGUUUUAGGAUUCCUAAAUUCGACUUCUGCAAGGUGAAAAUGUGUUCAACUGAGAAGGACUGCGAUGGCAAUCACUACUGCCAAGCUCCAUUUUCAAUGUUACCAACAACAAUGCGCAUAUGCUGUCCGAAACUAAAAACAAAGCCUUGUCUAUUGAAGUGUCCAUCAAAUCAAACAUGCCAAUUUGAAGUUGCUCCAUGUCUAGUACCACCCUGCCCAAGAUUUCCAAAAUGCAAAGAUCCAUGUGCUCUCAAUUGUAAACCUGGCUUGAUGUGCAGAUUUGUGCAAGUCCAAUGUGUCCGUGCACCCUGUCCACCGCAGCCACAAUGCGUGGCUGGUGUUGCGAAACAGGCUGACAAGGAACCCAAAAAGGAGAAAGAAGAUAGGAUGAAAAAAACAUUGGAAGGAAUGGGACUCAAGUGUAUCAAAGAACUCCCGAGUUGUCGUAGACAGUUGGCUGAAAAGGUGAUGAAGAUGAAGAAAAUGCACAAACAACCUGACUUCCUACCAAGAUGCACGCAAGAGGGCAAUUGGCAAGCAGUGCAGUGCUAUGAUAACGUUGGUAUCUGUUUCUGUGUCAAUGACAAGGGUGAACGGCUAAAGGACACUACUGUCCGGGGCAUUCCAGAUUGCAAGGACAUCAAAACAAAGACAGUUGAUACAGAACCCUAUGAUGUUUGUCAAGGCCAAGGCACUCCACUAAUGUGUAACCCCACGAUGUGCAUGCAAAUGGGAAACGGCUGCCCUAAGCAUCCAACCGCUGUGUGCCGUAUCAACCCCUGUGGUACCAAGUGUAAAACUGAAUACUUCUUGACAGGUUCUACUCAAGUAACUGAUUGCUAUCCAGACACAAGUGCCACAUCCUGCCAGAGUAGACGUGUGGCAGCGAUGCAUAUUCAACAUCUAAACAGUAUCAUCAACAUGAAAGGCACGAUGAUGAAAGAAAUGCUGAUGAAGCAUAUGCCAGACAUCAUUUUCAUGCUCCACUCUGGAAUGCUGGGAAAUGUGGCUAGAAUAUUCCGUGACGUGGUACAGAACAACAAAGACAUGGAAGGACCAUCCAUGCCUAGUUUGUUCCGUGAUGCUCUAAAACCAUGCAAACCACCUGCAAUGAAGUGGGAAGAAAAGUUCGAACUUGUUGAAGAAAUGCUUGAAUGUACCAAAAUGGAACCGAUGAAGGACCUUAUCUUUGGUCUUAUUAAAAAUGUUGUGGGCGAUGACAAAAAAGACCCAGAAGACAAGAUGGAGAAUUUUGCUGGUCUUGAUAUGAUGUUUAGUGGUAUGAUGGCAAUGGAAAAAGGAAAGGGUGUUGAAAUGAGUGAAGGACAAGAUAAAGGUGAAUACAAGGAGAUGGGCGGCCGGGAGGAAAUGGGCAGUAGUGAUCGUAUGAUGGAUAUGUUUGGUGAGGAUCUUUUCGCCAUUGAUGCAAAGAAGUACAGCUUCAUCGGCAAAAUGGGUGUUGGUCAAGAUUGUCCUAAAAUGGCAGACAAAGACAAGGAAGGAGAGAUGGAUGAGAAAAAGAAGAAAAUGGAAUCGAUGACUAUCGAGAUGAUGUGCAAUCGUCGUCCCCUUUUGGAAAGAUGUGACAAGCCAGGAUCAUCCAACUCCUCUGAGAAGAUGAAGCCGUACCCUAUGUAUUACUAUGAUGGCGUCUCAAAGAUAUGUAAACAAUAUUUGGAAUACGGAUGUCUGAAGAGUGCUACCACAUUCAAAACUAAGAGCGGAUGCACGCUGUUCUGUCAAGUGGAAGCAUCAUUUGUUGGUGUUUAUGUCCCACAGUGUAACAUGACAACAUUCAAAUUGAAUUCAAAGCAGACGCUCAAUGGUGUCUCUUGGUGUGUGAAUGAGAACGGUGUUGCAAUGCCAGACUCCCUCCACCUUGGCUGGGACUUGCAGUGUGACAGUAAUGGUCAAGCUUCAACAGGACCAAGGUCUAAGAAAGUCACCUGCCCCGGUGGCAAACCACCAAAGAUCUGUGACAAGUCAUGUGUCAAAGUUGUUGACCACAACGAGAAGGGAAUUGUGACCUGUCAGGCGGACCCCUGUGAUGACUGUAAGGAGACAUUCGUAAAUGCAUCUGGAGCACCUGUCGCUACCACAACCAAUCGAUGUGAUCGCCCCGCGACAGUAGCAAGUAACACCACUGACCCGAAAUGUAUGAAGAAGCAGUAUUACUAUGAUGACAGUAACACAAAAAUGUGCACGAUGUACAUAGUGGAUGGAUGCAUGAAAACAGAUGACAAAGAAAAGAAGUUCGACUCGCUUCAGGAUUGCAUGAUGAUUUGUGGUCUCAUCAAGGAGGUCAAGGAAUGCGCCCAAGGUACGAAACGGCUGAUCUGUGGAAAGGACAAUUGUAAUACAAGAUGUAACCCAAAUACUGACCCUUUGAGGAAUGCCGUCUGCAUGAUGGACCAGUGUGAUGACUGUAAGCCGAAGCUGUAUCACAAUGAGACUUGGAAAGAGGUCUCAACCUGUUCUCAAGAACCAGUUACAAAACCACCCUGCAAGCCAGAAAUUCCUCUCGAUGCUGUUCUAGACAGGCUGAAGGGACACAAAGACUUUGCUGCACUUGUUAACAUCAUCCAACCAUUCAAGGGAGCUUAUCCAGAGGACAUAAAUAUCAUCCAAAAAGUUCAUGAUUUCCUUGGGAAGUCCAGUUUCUCUGAUUCGGACAAGAAGCUGUUGCGCAUGGCAUUAGGAAUCUGGCUGACUUAUCACAGCAAGUGCCCAACCGGUUCAGACUGCAAAUACAAUGCUUGUAUUAAGAUUAAGUGUCAAUCGGGGCAGGCAUGUGCAGACUUUAAAUUCCCACCAAUUGGAAUCCAUACGUGGAGAGCCAGAGAAUGUCGCAACGUGACCAAGAUUGGCAUGUGCCCAUGUCCAGCUCAUAUGCUCUUCAAAGCAUUCCCCACUGAAAGGAAGUGUGACAAUGAUGGACAUUGCCCGUUCAAGAGGAAGUGCUGCAGGGGUGGAUAUAGCAGUAUGUGUAUGGAACCACUGGACCCUAGGCAAAUGGAGAAAGAAAGAGGAGGAAAAGAACAAUGUGAGAAAGAGGAAAAGAACAAUGGCAGGAAAGAUGACAAGAAAGAUGACAAGUCCUGCAUACCUGUCCCUGUACCAACACCACCAUCAAAACCAGCUAAACUUCCUGGUGUGUGCCAGACAGAAUCUGAUUGUGGCACUGGAUUUAAAUGUACAAAUAACUUUUGCACUUGUGACGAAGACGUCCAACUGGUUGAUCCCGAAACCUGUCUUGGCAAGCUUUACAAGGUGCAGCGUAUGUUGAAACAGCUGGGUAGUAAGCUCCCUCCAACUAGAAUGGUUGGGAUCUUUAUUCCCAGGUGCCACGAAAACAACACCUAUCACACAGUACAGGUCUAUGAUCAUCUCGGCCUUAUGUUCUGCGUUGAUCCAACGACUGGCCAGCCAACUUCAGACAGAAUUCGUGGAGUUCCUGACUGUACAAAGCCGGAGAAGACAGGCACAGAGGCAGUGUGCCAAACUGGUAAGACCACUUUCUGCCCAACGUCGAUAUGUGAGCAUGCAAAGUGUCCUGACCACCCAGAUGCCACUUGCCUCAUCAACCCAUGCAGUGGUUGCAAGCCGGAAUUCUACAGGAACAUCAGCCAGCCCCUUGAAUGUUUCAAGAAGCGAGAUGCCAGUGCAGACUCAUGUCAGAAGAAACUGUAUCGAAACAUCAAAGCUCAAGUUGACCAGAAGACCAAGAUUAUGGAUCCUGCCAUGACACCAAGCGCAGCGAUGAUGGAAAACAUGAUUGAUCAUCUUAUCAUAGCUAGGUCGGGGAUGAUGCCAAGCCUAGCGAGGGAACAUGCGAAAACUAAGGGGACAAAAUUCCUGCUUUACCUCAAGUAUAAAGAUUUUGACAUGGACAGUGGCAGCAAUGAUGGCAAGGGCAAUGCUGCUGGAGGAAAGGGCAAUGAUGCACCUGACCACAACGUUAAGUUGAAAUCUGAAGAUUAUGUUGCAAAUAAGGCCUUCCGAUGUGCCAACGUUGGCAACAAUAUUAAAAGAAUGUAUCUGUCUAUGAUGAGCAAAGUAAAAGGUGACAUUGAGAUGGCUAUGGAAGAAGCUGAUGCGAACCAACUAAUCACUGCCACCUUCAAGAAACUUGAUACCUUCCUGUUCAACUUGGGUUUGACGCCAAGGGCAAACCUUUCUGAUGCUGUGGUAAGGACACUGACUGCGCAUUUUAAGAACAUGAUACGAGUAGACAUGCAUGGGAAGAAGCCUCUUGAAACGGAUCUAGAGAAGUGUAAAAACAAGACUGAUGAGAAAAAUUCAGGCAUGACAUUGGCUCCUGAUGAUGAGAUAAUGAAGCUUUUAAAAGCACGUGGGGAUAUGGUAUGCAAUAUGAUGAGGCAUUCGGGUGACUUUGUCAAGGAGUGGAAGAGCAAGCAGCACCCAGGUGAUGGUGCUACAUUUCCAAAAGCCCAAUGUGUGAUGAAUCAUGUGAAUAAUUCCCUUUGCAAUGGAAAGAAUACUGAUGAGAUGACCACUUUCUACUACCAUAAGGAAGGGAACUGCGUCAGUGGAACGGCCCAGAAGUGUGCCAUGACUGCCAACACAUUCACAUCUAAGCUGUCGUGCAUGGCUAGAUGCAUGGCUAAAGUGCAACCUAUGUUUUAUGGUGUAUUCAUUCCCAAAUGUAAUGCCACCCUGAAAGGCUUUAGUGCCAAGCAGAGUCACAGUGGGUUCAGCUGGUGUGUCGAUGUAAAGGGCGUAGUCCAGAAAGGACCUGUCGUGGGAGAGAAUCUCAACUGUACUGCAAACACUCACAAAACGAUUCCAUCUCUGCUUGAAACCUGCAGUAAUGGUAAACCAUUCAAGACCUGUGAAGACGCAUGUGCAAAUACCAUUGCAUGCAUAUACAACAAAGGUAAUGUUCAUUGCACUGCCGAUCCAUGUAAUGACUGCAAAGUGACCUGGAGAACAGAUGCCAAUGAAGAUGUCACAGCAAAAUGUAAAACAUGGAAGCCCGCUGAGGUUUGUCCUGGUGGCACUUUCAAUAUUUGCCCAGAUAGCGUGUGUGAGUCUGAUGAAGGAAAAUGUAAGAAUGAUAAUCUGGAGACAGUGCACUGCAUCCCUGACUGCUCUUGCAAGCCCAAGCUGCAUCGUUACGAUUCCACCAAAGACCGAUUAGAAGAACUGACCUCUGAUGACAAGUUUUGUACGAACAACCCAAAGUCUAAAAGAGUGACCAUUAAAGUUGAUGCACCAUCAGAACUUGCUGAUUUAUUCCAGGUUGUGGAUGGGUUUGUGGCCAGGGUCAGGGCCAUUAUUGAACAGCUUAUGCGUGUCUUUAAUCUCCUACGGGAAUAUAUAAACAACCUCUCAGUCAAGAAAGGAAGUAUCAACAUUUCCUUUACAGUAACUGCACCAAAUGCUGAUGACAUUGCUAGGCAUAUCAGUGAUACGGCCAAAAAUGGGACAGUGAAUAUUUCAAUUAAUGGUACAACUUACAAUGUUGAUUCAGUUGUCUCGGUGACAGAUGUAACAAUGGCCACUCCAGGUGUAACGAAGAUGACACCAGCUCCAGUAUUUGAUGAUAAGAAAACACUCAUCAUAUUCAGCUGCUCCAUUGGUGGUGUUGUUCUUCUCACGAUUGCCUUGCUACUCAUUAUUCUUCUUUGCCGGAAGAGGGUACAGGAUGAAAAGAAGAAGUCGAAAUACAAUCCAUAUGAGAAGACCUUUGGCAACCCUGGCUUCAAUAUGGAUGAUGAAUGCUACAAGCCUGACUAGGCUUAGAUUAACGAACCAGCACAAGGUCAAGACUUUUUUUCCGAAGAUUUUCAAUGUGAAUCAUAAUGAGUACAAUUCUCAAAUUCAGCAAGAUCUACAAUACAAUUUCUCUGAAAGCAUCUUCCAACAUUUUGAAAUCAGGCCUUGUUUAAUUAAUUGUUGUUCAGUGAUCAUAUUUUGAUUACUUGUAUACAAUGUAGCGACAUUUGUAGCUUUUAUACCAUUUAUGUAUGUCCGGGCCACCCCUGGUGUGUUAUUGCUUCACGGGUAACUUAGUAGGCAGAAUCAUGAUUUGGCUGUAAAGAGGAGUAAAUGAGCCUCUUGGGCAUCCAAGUCUUAUGUUACCCAAUAGGUUGAGAAGGGUGGCCCUUCAUUUCAUUCAGUAAUUUGCACCAGCUAUGUACAUGUAUCAUACACACCACUUAAUGGUUUUUCGCCUUUUGAACUAACAGUGUUAUGUAAACUUUCUCAACAAAUAAGACCCAGAACUCUCCAAAUUCUGCAUUAAUACAGCAGUAUUUAAUCAUCUGUAUCAAUAUCACAUUUUCAUAUUUCCUGCCAUCAAAACUCAGUGCCAUGAUUCAAUAGUUCUGGUAUUAACACAGUGCUAGUAUAUUUACAGACAGUUGUAUAAAAAUUUGCCGCAUAAUUUCAGACAACACAUUAGUGAUACAUGUAGAAAGAUGUUCAGGUGAUAGCCUUUUUUGGUCAAGGAUGACAAGAAUCCUUAUAUGUGACCUGUCACAGCAAAAUGAGGCGCAUGUCACACAUAAGAUAUAUGAGCCUUAAUGACACUGUGAGAUAAUGGCGGAAGUUCAUGUACUAAUAGAUUUCACAAAUAGCAGACAACAGUGAAAUGAACAACCUGUCCAUCACAACUUACCGAGCUCAGAGCAACAUGCACCUGGUUUUACUGUGAUGGGUAAAAUUAUUUCCUUUCUGUGAUAUGGGUCAGUAUUACUUUUACCAUAAAAAUUGAGUCCACAUGGCAUGUUUCCACAUAUGUGCAGCAGUAUCUUUUGUGUUUUUCAAAUUGUUUUCUUUUAAACACAAUCCAUAGCAAAAUCUCAUCGUAUCGGUCAAUACAAUGUAUAUAUAACUAUUUAGAUAUAGAGGUGUUUAACCUAUAUCAGCCAACCUGAUCCCUGGUUCUGACGGAUGGCCAUAGACAAACAGGAAUAGGUAUGGUGUUUUUCAAAUCCUUUGAACAUCAGGUACACAAAAAAUGCAUGGAUGCAACAAGUUUUCUUCGAUCUCAUUUAGGCAUAUUCAUAAUGUCUGUUCAUCUUUGAAUUGAUGAGUGAUGAUUCUUUGUUUUGUAUAAACUUGAGUAGUGGACAAAUGAAAGCACUCACCAGAAGCAUCCCGUGAUGAUCACUGGCCUUGGCCUCUCCAGAAGGGAAGCACUUGCAGAGCUAUUGCUCAAAUGGGCCAUUCAUGGCUGAAAUCAAAAGUCUAUUACGGGUUGACAAAGUAUCAGGUUUUUGCUUUAAUGUAAUUUCAUGGUAUGCUUCUUUAUCAUGUGAAGAUGCAAAAUUUGUGCCAUAACUUAAGAAUAAUUUACGAAAGACAGUUUACUUUUUAAAAAAUUUUAUGUAAUAUUUAUAUGUUCUCUUUUGUAUACAAUACAAUGUGCUUUAAAAAUAAACCUUAUUCUAUGUAAA